AUGAAUGGUUGGUCUUAUGUAAGCUGUGAAUCCUCCUUAUUAGAGCUAUAUAGGCAGACAGAGCGUGAUGGUUCUGUUUCUGUGUGGGAUCGUGAAAAUUCUAAAUUGGGGUGGUUUGCAAAGAUCAAUCCUGAUGCACCACUUGACAAAGUUUGUAUUCUCAGCUGUGGAAUAUGCACUGGUCUUGGUGCUACUAUCAAUGUUGCAAAGCCAAAACCUGGCUCUUCUGUUGCUAUCUUUGGACUUGGAGCUGUUGGUCUUGCUGCUGCUGAAGGGGCAAGGAUUUCUGGUGCAUCUAGAAUCAUUGGAGUUGAUUUAGUUUCCAGCCGAUUCGAAUUAGCUAAGAAGUUUGGAGUGAAUGAGUUCAUGAACCCGAAAGAUCACGACAAACCUGUACAGCAGGUUAUUGCUGAAAUUACGAAUGGAGGUGUAGAUCGUGCUGUUGAAUGUACCGGUAGCAUCCAAGCUAUGAUCUCAGCAUUUGAAUGUGUCCAUGAUGGUUGGGGUACUGCUGUACUUGUUGGAGUUCCAAGCAAAGAUGAUGCCUUCAAAACUCAUCCUAUGAAUUUCUUGAAUGAGAGGACUCUUAAGGGUACCUUCUAUGGCAACUACAAGCCCCGCACCGAUCUUCCCAAUGUUGUUGAGAAGUACAUGAAGGGGGAGCUGGAACUUGAGAAAUUCAUUACUCACACAGUACCAUUCUCAGAGAUCAACAAAGCUUUUGAUUACAUGCUGAAAGGGGAGUCUAUUAGGUGUAUCAUCAGAAUGGAGGAGUAAUGCUCUAAAACAUUGUUGAAACAGUCUCACUAGGGGACUGAGUUUUCUAUCUGGUUGUUGAAAAAAUAAAUAAUGGAAUUGUUGUAUAUUCCAUUUUGGUUUA